AUGGACGUGAUUACAAAUCUAGUCAACACGUGUGAACAAUUGCCGGUGACAGCUGAAAUGGUCAAAGACUAUUCCAAAAAGGAUACACUUUUGGCAGAAGUGUACGAGUACACAACCUCAGGUUCGUGGCCAAAUAAUAUUGAUAAAAGCUCACAAAUCGUUUUUUUUCACAACCGGCGAGAUCAACUAUCCAUCGUAUCUGACUGUCUGAUGUUCAACGAUCGAAUCGUCAUCCCAGUAUCACUCAGAGCCCGUGUGCUCAAAAUGCUCCAUCGUGCUCACACUGGAAUGGUGAGAAUGAAACAGUUGGCUCGAACUCUUGUUUACUGGCCGUCAAUCGACAAAGACAUUGAGAACAUCGUCAGAAGCUGUGAUCAGUGUGCGGCAGUGUCGAAGAAUCCCAUCAAGAACACUUUAUGCUCUUGGCCUAUUUCCACAAAGCCAUGGCAACGUGUACACGUGGAUUACGCCGGACCUGUCGAAGGAACCUAUUAUCUAGUAGUUGUUGAUUCCUUCUCAAAAUGGCCAGAAAUUGUUCCAACCACAUCCAUUACAUCAGCGGCAACCAUCAACAUUUUGCGAAAGAUGUUUGCACAGUUCGGAGAUCCGGAGACACUGGUGACCGAUAAUGGAACACAAUUCACAUCUGCUCAAUUCCACGACUUCUGCAAAGACCGAGGAAUCCAACACACUCGGUCCCCGCCAUUCCAUCCACAAUCAAAUGGACAGGCAGAACGUUUUGUGGAUACCCUUAAAAGGGCAUUAGGCAAGUUAAAGGGGGAGGGAAAUACAGAUGCUUCCUCGUAUCUUUUCCUUCAGAGCUAUCGCUCUUCGCCUUGUACCGCCAGUCCAAAUGGCUCAUCACCCGCUGAGAACUUCAUUGGCCGGAAGAUCCGUACAUUCCUGGAUCAACUUCUCCCAACCGACCAACUUCCCAACUCGCACGACACAGAGAUGGAGAAGCAGUUCAACAACCAGCAUGGUGCACGUUGCCGCAACUUCAACGUGGGAGAUAAGGUUUAUGUUAAAGACUACCGUAGCAUAAAUACUACCACUUGGAUUCCAGGGACUAUUCAACGUCGGAUUGGGCGUACAAUGUACCGCGUCACUGUGGAAAACAACAACUUCUGGAUUAGACACACCAAUCAACUGCGCCGUCGUGACACUCCAACUUCGUUCGAUGUUCCACUCGACACUAUGGACACAAUGGACGCUAUCGAUUGGACACCGUUGUCAACAACCUGGCCCGACCGUUCACCACCGACUCCAGCGCCAAUACUUCCUGGAAGUCCCACAGCACCAUCUCCAAAACCCAUCCGGAAAUCUACACGUACCGUCAAACCACCACCAAAGUUCGUCAUGAAGCCGAAUAAGAAAUCGUAUCAUUAA